AACCUUGCAAGAGCCAAAAAGUCAUUUUUGCUCUCAGGAACACUUCGAAACAUGCAUCCAGAUCUUUUGAGGAAACCCACAUCCUCACUUCAUUUUCUCCCCUCUCUAGAGCUAGACAGCGAAGAUGAUGAUGAUGAAUCCAAGGUCGCAAGGUUCAUAAUUUCCUGCGCUGAGCAAGCAAGAUGAAGCUAUUUCGAACGGCCACCUUUGGACUUGCUCUGACAAUCUUCUGUCUCGGCAUGACGACCUGCUCGUCCUUUGCGACGACACGUGCUGACCACCGUACCAAGGAUAUCACGGCAAAGAGCUCCGUAGCAUCCAGCCAAGCUGCAACGACUACUACUAUCACCAACACGAUGACGUACGAUCUAGCCUCGACGCUGGCCAAGGAGUGGAUUGCAGCUUGGAAUCGCCGUGAGACCAUGGACUCGUUUCUCGACUCGCGCUUGGACGACAAUGUCGAGCUCAUUUCACCCUUUGUCCCAAAACUCACGGGGCAACAAUCACUCCAAGGAAGGGACAGUUUGAAGCAGUACUUUGUGGCAGUCUUGGAAAAAUAUCCAAAGCUACACUUUGAGUUGCAAGAUGUGCUCACAGGCAAGGAUUCCGUGGCGCUCUACUAUCGAUCGGUCAAUAAUGCCAAGGAAUGUGUGGUUAUGUUUGUCAAUGAGCAAGGGCAGAUUUACAAACUAAUCAACCAUUCUCGUCCGUGUGGUUGAACAUGUGCCAUUAGAAGGAGAAGAACAAGUCUACAAUAUCCGUACCGAUAGCAAUUAUCUAUUCUUAAACCCAUAUCUCUAGUAUUUUACUGAAAGUUCUCGCUGCUUGAGGAGCCAA